CAGGCGGCGGCGGCGGCGGCCUGGGCGGCGGGGAGGGAUGGAGAGGGGCGGGGGCAGCGGAGCCGAGCGGAGACGGCCGCGGCGCUGCAGAGAGUCUGGGGCGGCGGCGCGGCUCCGGGUGCUCCCCCCCGCGCUCCGCCCCGCGCGCGCCCCGAGUCGAGUCGGUGACGGCCCGGCCGCCAGGCCCCGGAGCCAUGGGCUGCAUCGGCUCCCGGACCGUGGGGAACGAGGUGAUUGCAGUGGACUGGAAAGGCCUGAAGGAUGUUGACCAAAUCAAUAUGGACAGCACCAGCUCCCUGCACGGGAGCAGCCUCCACCGGCCAUCUACAGAGCAAACCCGCACCGAUUUCUCCUGGGAUGGCAUCAAUCUCUCCAUGGAGGACACCACUUCCAUUCUUCCCAAGCUGAAGCGGAACUCUAACGCCUAUGGCAUUGGCGCCCUGGCCAAGUCAUCAUUCUCAGGGAUUUCAAGAAGCAUGAAGGACCAUGUGACAAAGCCAACAGCUAUGGGGCAAGGCCGGGUAGCACACAUGAUAGAGUGGCAGGGCUGGGGGAAGGCGCCGGCCAUCCAGCCCCAGCACAGCCACGAAGCCGUGCGCAGGGACACAGACGCCUACUCCGACCUCAGUGAUGGUGAGAAGGAGGCACGCUUCCUAGCAGGGGUCAUGGAGCAGUUUGCCAUCUCCGAGGCCACACUCAUGGCCUGGUCGUCCAUGGAUGGGGAAGACAUGAGCGUCAACUCCACCCAGGAGCCACUGGGUUGUAACUACAGUGACAACUACCAGGAGCUGAUGGAAAGUCAGGAUGGCCUCGCCCAAGGCACCCUGGAUGGAUGGCCUCACUCCUAUGUGUCCCAGGGCAUGUACUGUCUGGGGUCUUCGGAUGCCUGGGAAGCCAGUGACCAGUCCCUCAUUGCCUCUCCUGCCACUGGAUCCUAUCUCGGCCCUGCAUUUGAUGACUCACAGCCCAGCCUGCACGACAUGGGACCUUCCCAGCCUGCUUCCGUCUAUUCCACGCAGGAGCCACCCCCGUUGCUGGUGGCAGACUCGGACUGGGCUCCAGGGGUGGGGGGUGGGGUGGACCUGGCCAGGGCCCCCUGCGAGGAGGAAAAGAGGCCCCUGGCUCCUGAAGAGGAAGAGGAUGCAGGCUGCAGGGACCUGGAGUCACUCUCCCCUCGAGAAGAGCCAGAGAUGUCCACGGCCCUGAGCCGCAAGGUGUCUGACGUCACAUCCUCAGGGGUGCAGUCUUUCGAUGAGGAGGAGGGAGAGGCCAACAACUAACUAGAGGCCUCCCACGCCCCCAAAGUGCCCGGCUGCAAGGACAUCCUCCCUCCUCCAGAUGCACAACCGCACCACCAGAGCCGGGAAAGCAGGGGGCCUGGAAGGCGUGACAUCCAGAACAAGGGGUCCCAGGAACCGAGACCCAGGCCCCUGGUGGCUGGGAGCUUUGCUCGGCUUCUGGGUCCGAGAUGGUGGAGCUCCAGGUAUAUCCUGAGUUCCUACCUGGCUGCCACCAGUGUGGCUCUCAGUUCUUCAACUUCCAGGAGCCUUGACUGCAGCCGUCAGAAUGCCUCUUUCUUCACAUCACCCUCGCUUCUCCCCUCUUCAACUCUGUUGUCUUUGGCUGUGCCCCCUCCCCCACCCCCCCAUUUCACCUCUGCUCAGAGGACAGACCUCAGGGGCCGUUGGAUAUGUCUCUGAGGCCGUUUCCCCAAACAGUGGGGUCUGCCCUGCUCCAGGACACUGGAGGCAUCAGAGAACAGUCAACUGCUUCCCUGACUCCCAGUCUCCUCUGGGCGCUGAGGAAAGAAUCCAUAGGAUUCCAGGGAGGGCCCAGAUGUCCCACUGUCCUCCUUCUGCCUCCUCCUUUGCUCCCUGGUCCAAAAGCAGGAGAGUAAGGAGUGAUGGAAGGCAGGUGUCACCGGCCUGGCAGGAAGCAUGAGGGUUGUGUUUCCCUCCAUACACCCUUCCUCCUGAUUCUUUGGAGCUGUUUACACUUUUCUCUUUGCCUUUUCUACAUUUUUAUAUCUUCUUGGGGACUCAGGGUUGAGUAGGGGUGGAAGGGAGGGUGGUGCUGCUAGCUGGGGUGGGUGUUGACCGAGGAGUGAGAGAGCUUUUCUUCAGCUCCUCCCAGGACCCUUGAGAGCCCCCUUCCGGCUGUCCUCCCCGCCUCUUUCUCCAGGCCUCCAGUGGGACCUUCCAGCCAGGAGAGGGUCCAGGGAGGCCCAGGACACUGCUUGUCCCUCACCUAUACCCACUGUCCUUUCUGGUGGCAUGUCAGUACCACCCCAAGACACCCAGACAGAAGGGGCAGAGCUGGCUGCCCGUUCCUUAGCCCUUGGCGAACAGAGGGGACAUGGCCAGGAAACACGCUCAGAGGCACGUGAAUGCACCUCACUCAAGGCUUUAGCUUCAAGGCCUCUUGCUCCUGCCACAUUUUACCAGGGGUACCAGCACCCCCUUCUCAUAGCAGGGAGUACUGUACUCUCACCCUCUUUAAGAUCUUGGGCAUAAAGCAUCCCAGUUUGCAUGUCUUUUGGAAUGAAGAGGUGAGGGGUUUUGGGUCCAUCCAGUGUGCCCCCCCCCCCAUCCCUGGCACCAGUUCACACCAUGGUACACACGGGGGUUCUGGAAAUACAACCGAGGCCAGGUGCUGAGUCUCUCGGAGUGUCUUGGAGGGGGACAGUAGGCGGGGAGGUGACCUUAGCCUUUGGGUUUGACCAUAUGACACAAUUCGCCAGACCCCAGGACCCCCAUGCUCCCUGGAGAGUGGCCCGCUAUGACCUGGACUCCUGCCACAGGUGUGGGGUUCUGCAUGUUUGUGGUCCACUCCUGAGGAUGCCCCAUCUCCUGGCCUCAUGAGCCUUGCUCUGUCUCUCAGCCCCAUGUCCUUAGCACCCCGCUCCCCUCCUCCUGCACCCCAGACCUCAGUGGACACGGAACCCAUAAGUGAGUUCAUUUCCUUACGGUUCCUUAUUUGCGGAAGCGGGACUCUGAAGCUGGAGUGCUCCACAUCCGUGGACGACCCACAGACUGCAGGUUUGGAGGCGCAGUGUUCAUGUCCUUCGCCCCCACUCUGAAGAGGGCAACCAUUCAAGGGGCUGGCCUGGAAGCCUUGUGGGAGCCUUCUGGAAAGAGGAACCGCCUCCCUGGUGCUAGGGGGGGCAGGGUGCAUGGGGUUUGCUUCUUGCCUUUUACAGGGGGAGGGGGCGCAUGCGCAGGAAGAGGCUGGGGAGGGUCGGGCUGCUUUUAUUUUCCGGGUUCCAAGCUAUGCCUCACGAUUCUGCAGCCCCACCCCAGGGCUGUCUGUCUCUACUCUUGUGAAUGACACCACUCUUGCUCAGUGGUUUAUUUUUUGGGGGGGGGGAGGGGAAAGGGAGGGUGUAUUUUCAGUUCCAAUUCAUUUUAUUAAAGGAAAACCCAUAUGUUCCCAUCCACAAGCCCCCUCUCUAUCCCCUUCUCCUCCCAUCCUUGUGUGAAAGAGGGGGCCCUGAGUGGCUGGGCAGAAGAUUUUCCUGCCCUCCACCCCCAUCUGAGCAUCUCACACUCCUGUCUUCCAGGUCUGGGAACCUUCCCUUCUGAAGGCCAGUCUCGGCAUGUUUUCUCAACAUGACAUCCUCACCACCCCAGGCAGAGAGAGAGAGGGAGAGGGAGAGAGAGAGAAAAGUCUAUGACAUAUAUUACAGAGAGAAUUAUAUAUAAAUAUUGUAGAUUAUAUACACUCGGACAUGGGCAUGAGGCUCCCUGCAAGCCCACUCCCCUGAUAUCUCUCUCUCUUUCUGGGGAAAUGAAGGCUUGUUGCAUCGGUGAGGACACCUGGAUGUGUUCAUUGGCACUAAACAAUGUGGUGGCAUCCUU